AUGGGGAUCAACCCCAGAGAACAUGCCCAAGUUGUGCUAACUAAGUUUCCAGAAGGAGAGGAUAAGGAAGAAGAGUUGUUGGCUGAGGCUGAACUGAACCAAAGAAAUCUGAAUAAAAAUGGUGAUAGUCUAACCGCGGAACAAGUUGGAGGUAGCAACCUGACCGACGCACCCUAUCCAGGACGCCUGAGACAGAAAGCCAAAGAGAAUGAAGCAAGUGAAAUGAUGAAGAUGUUCCAGAAAGUGGAGUUAAGCAUACCCUUACUCGAUGCUAUCAGACAAAUCCCAAAGUAUGCUAAAUUCUUGAAAGAUCUUCGUUCAAGAAAAGUGAAGAUGGAGGAAGAAGUCCGAUAUGUGGUGGGAGAAAGUGUCUCGGCGGUGAUCCAACGGAAGUUACCCAUAAAGCGGAAAGACUCGGGAAUAUUUACCAUUCCAUGUAACAUUGGUAGAACAAACAUGGAUAAAGCCAUGAUGGACCUGGGAUCUUCCAUAAAUGUGACGCCAUUGGCCGUUUACAAGAGGUUGAAUAUUGGGGCGAUGAGAAAUACUCGUGUGGUCAUACAGCUGGCCGACAGAUCCAACACCUAUCCUGAAGGAGUGGUCGAGGACGUGCUGAUUAAAAUUGGGGAUUUGAUCUUCCCAGCUGACUUUUAUGUUCUGGACACCGGUCCAGAGACUGGAGAAAAUGCUAUACUACUGGGAAGGCCAUUCAUGAUGACCGUUGGAACCAAAAUUGAAAUGAAAACCGGAAUCUUAACAUGUGAGUUCGAUGGAGUCCAUGAAGAGUUCAACAUCUAUGAAACCAUGAAGAGGAAGCAAGCAAUGGAAAUAGUGGACAUGAUCGAUGUGUUUGAGUCCCUAGUGCAAGAACAGGGAAUUGGUUUUGGUUCCGGGGAUACAACAGAGAAAGUCAUUCAGUAUGGCCUGACCGAUCAAGAUACAUAG